CUCACAGGCUCUGGCCCGAGGGCGGUCGCGUCUCGGUGCGGGGCUGUAGCGCCCCCCACGCGCGCGCGACGCGGCGCCGGCCCCGCCCUCCCUGGUGCAUGGGCCUGCGCUGAGGAUGCCAACGAUCGCAGCGGCGGCCCCGGCGGCCCUGAGAGGGGCAUGACCGAGCCGGCCAGCCGUGCAGGAGGAGCUCCAGCUCAGGGACCGGCGGACGCGGGCCGCCCCGGCUUCGCCACGUGCCAGCUCGUGUCAUGGGUCUCCCACGAGAUCGUGCAGGAGCCCCUGCACGCGCUCGUGGUGCAGGCGCGCUUCGCCCACGUGCUCGACCGCGCAAGCCUGAGGGGCGACGCGGAGAUCCUUGGGACCCUGCUGUGCGGCGACCUCGCCUGCGCGAGCCUGCUGGAGCCGCCCUGGGCAAUGGUCCCGGAGGGAUCCCACGUGAGGCACAAGCACCAUCAACUUCGGGAGGGCAAGGUCGAGCUGCAGAGUCACGGCUGGCUGCUCUGCAGCCACCCGCGGCAUGGGGAUUUGCUGACGCGCGUGCCACCGGACUGGGCACGACAGCGCUUCGAGGAGGGUGGCUUCCUGCAGCUACCUCACGCCGACACCCUGUGCGCCAAGCUCGAGCCCCACACGCCAGCGACGGCUGCGACAAAGGUGCCGCGCGCAGGCUUUACCGUGAAGGUGGUAGCUGCGUACGGGGUGCCGUGGAUCGUGGAGCACGAGCAGGUGGCGGUGAGGCGGGAGCCUUCCGCAGCAGCCGAGCUGCUGGGGAUCAUGGUCAAGGGCGACGUCGUCGGCGUGAGCGGCUGCCGUGGCGACUGGGUCGAGCUCGCCAGGGACUCGGAGGUGCGCUGCAGUCGGCCAGGCUCGGGCGCCCUCGCGGUGAACCUCGGCGCUGUGAGCCCCAUCCGCCAGACAAGCGCCCCCUGCCCCACCAGCGGGCCACGGGCGCAUGGCGAUGGCGGUGCAGCGGUUUUCGAGGAUGCGCCAGCUGCUCAGGCCUGGAUGAUGAAGCGGCACCCCAAGCUCGGCCAGCUGCUGCGCAGGAUGAGCAAGCCGAAGGGCGGCCUCGGGGAGAAUUGCGUGGCCAGCGAGGCCAGGCGUCGGCUGUACAGCGAGGUCGUCGGCAUCUGCUAUCGCAGGAUCUACGAGGAGAACCUGCAGAGCCUCUGGGACGGAGAGCGGGACAAGCUUCCCUCCCGCGAGUCCUUGGAGACCAAGCUGUUCGACGACAGCGCCUCCAUCGUCCACGUCGCCGCCGCUGGAAGGCUAGCAGGCGGUGCCAUCGUCAGGCGAUUCUCGGUCCGAGCCCGCCAGGUGGUGCAAGGCAACAGUCAUCUGAAUCUGCAGGGCCCCAUCUCAGACCUCGAUUGCUGUAUCGGCCGCACCACGAUAGGCUACAUCGACUCCUGCGCCGCAGAGGCUGGGCUCCGAGCAGGGCGAACGAUCUGGGCCACCCUCUCGGCCAUGCGCUGUGUGUGCCUGGCUUGCCAUUCCAUUCUCCUGCAGCAGACCGUCGACUUCUGGCGGUCGUGCGGAAUGCGCAAGCUGGACCCAGCUUGCGAGAGGGAUUGCGAGGAGUUCAGGAAGCUCAUCAUGGUGCGCACGGCUGGCAGGGUGGUCUGCGAGCUCGCCGACGUUGUCCGGGAGCUGCCACCGAGCCACCUGCCGCUCUUCGUUUGGGUCUCCGCCCAGUACCUGGAGGACGUGGACGGCCCUCACGCUGGCUACGUCUUCGCCCCUGAUGACGACAGCGACGCCUGACUCCCGAGGGCGGCGAUUCCCCAACCCGGACCUCGACGUCGCGAUGCUUCGCGACGUGGGCCCCCCGGAGCUCUCGGCUCUCGACCCCGUCCCCGAGGCGAUGUUCUUCUGCUGCGGGCCGCUCUUCCCCAGCUGGGCUUUGCCUGAGGGCUUCCUGCUUCGGUCGCGACGUCGGCCUCUAGAGGCGGUGCCCGGCGGUGCUCGGGUUCCUUGGUCUGGGCCUUGGUUCCGUGCCGCCUUCCUCGGCCAUGCAAUGCCAACCAGGGCAAGGCCAGCCAUAACAAUGUCAAGCAGUGUUAAUCAAUAACUGCCUUGACUUGCUCUGGACGCUCGAAGAUCCCUGGUUUGGGUCGCGCCAGGUUCAUCCGGCGGCCCCAGGGCCCGAGAGUGGCUCCAAGUGGCCGCAGCGGCGGAGGCACACACACACACAUGCCGGUCGUGCUGCCCCCGAGACGCCGGAGGUCGGGGUCUGGGCGGCCUGCCUCAGCAGCUCACCCCGGCCGAGAAAGUUCCAGACUCGGGCUUGCCGCCCUGGAGUCUCUCGGCGGCGCGCCAGAAGGAGGA